UCAGGGAUAAGAUAUUUUGUGGGAGUAUAUAAUGUCAUGAUCAAUCACAGGUUGGUAUUUAAUCUAAACGGACUUAUAAAAGGAUCUGACAUAUCUGGACCGUCUAUCUAAAAGAAAAUCUAAGGUGUUGAUUAGCUCCAGCUCAUCGAUCCCCCUGAAACCUCACGAACCAAUUACAAUCAAACUCGAUUGCCUUUAUAAACUUACGGCUUCCCCUCAUAGAGAAUAAGCGAGUGGUUACGAAACCCCAAGUACGAUUCUAAAGAAUCCAAAACCUCUACGUUGUUGUUUUCUACAUUCAUCUGAAAUUUCCGAUGGCAAAGGCAGAGAAGAAGCCGACGGCAGGGAAGAAGCCAGCGGUGAGCGAGGAGAAGAAGCCCUCCAAGGCAGAGAAGAAGAUCCCGGCAAAAGACGCCGGCGCCGGCAUCGAUAAGAAGAAGAAGAAGGCCAAGAAGAGCAGCGAGACGUACAAGAUUUACCUGUUCAAGGUGCUGAAACAGGUUCACCCUGACAUUGGGAUCUCCGGCAAGGCCAUGGGAAUCAUGAACAGUUUCAUCAACGAUCUGUUUGAGAAAUUGGCCCAGGAGUCGGCCCGCCUCGCUCGCUACAACAAGAAGCCCACCAUCACCUCUCGGGAGAUCCAGACGUCGGUGAAGCUUGUCCUUCCCGGCGAAUUGGCUAAACACGCCGUUUCUGAAGGGACCAAGGCCGUCACCAAGUUCACCAGCGCUUGAGAUUUUCGUUGGUUUUUUUUUAUUUUUUAUUUAAUGGUUUCAAAUAAUUAGGAAGAAUUCGUAGAUAUCUGAUUGUUCAUAUCGUCAGAUUAUAGCAUGGGAUAGGUCGAAAUGGUGAUGGUUUGUUGGAAUUGGAGGACAAAAGAUUGUGAUUAGGGAUUAAUCUUUUUAAUUGAUUCCUUAAUUUUCGUUACGAUUUGGUACAUUUUUUAAUUUUUCUUUUUUGUUUUGUUAUUUCGGCGAGUAAUGAGCACGUAACAUAGACGACAGCAGACUAGCGCCGGCCUUAACCCCUAAUGCAAGAGAGAAGGGAGUUAUUUAAUGACA